ACGGGAUCGAUCACACCACUUACAGAUGUUAGAAGCACGAGAUCGAAAUAUCAGACUAGAGAAUUUUAGGGGGGAUGUAUCUAAUAUGAUGGUAAAGACCAUCAAAAUUACCAGUGAACUACUUAUGUGAACCCGACGUCAGAAAUGCUGCAUCCCCGGCGCAGUGCCCAGGAUGUCCUACUGUGUGACUCCUGUCAAAUUGUCCCCUUACAGAGCCACUGCGAACUUUGUAAUAUAAACAUUUGUACUAACUGUGUAGGAAAACACCUUUUGGAUUCGUCUAGAAAACACCGAGUCAUUCCGUUCAAAGAGAAAAGUUCUAACCCUAACUACUCAGAAUGUCCGAAACAUGCUAACAAACACUGUGAACUUUACUGCGAGGAAUGUGACGUUCCUGUCUGUUCUACCUGCGUCUUAGAUGAACAUAGAGGGCAUAUCUUAUGCGAUGUUUUGAAAAACGUCAGUUCUAAAACAGAAGUCAUACAAAACGAUUUGGAAGAACUAGAGUGCAGAAUUUAUCCUCUAUUUGAACAAAUGGCCUCUGGUGUCCAGACUGAAAAAAAUGAGAUAAAAAUCAAUUACGGAAAACUUACAACAGCUACCGACCAACAAGGAGAAAUCUGGCACCGAGAGAUCACCACCAUUGUCAACCAACGAAAAGCUUACAUUGUGGAGAUGGAAACUAAACAUAUGGCUGCCUUAGAUAAAAGCACAGAUGAAAUCACACACGUUUUUACAGAACUUAAACAAAUUAUUCUAAACCUGAAGGCACUAUUAGAAUCCAAUGAUAUCUCUCUAAUCUCUACCUACGAAUCUAGGAAUAACGAGUUCAGAAAAUUGCCUCAUAAAGUCCGAGUUACAUUACCAAGUUUCUCUCCUCAGAUAAUAAACACAGACCAGCUCCGUGAAAUGUUUGGUUGUCUGUCAUCAUUAUCUAUUAAUAAAGAAGAACAUGACUACACAAUGAAGUCAGCAGAAGCUGUAUCAUCUCAUCCAGUCAAACCAAUGAAGUCACGAGAAGCUGUAUCGUCUCCUCUGGUCAAACCAAUGCAGUCACCAGAAGCUGUAUCAUCUCUUCCAGUCAAACUAAUAAAGUCUCCAGAAGCUGUUACGCCUGUUCCAGUUAACCCACUGCUUGAUGAACCGCGAGUUACUGCCACCAUUGACAUUGGGUAUGAAGUUCUAACACCAGUACGCAAUGUUAGCUGUCUCAGUGAAAAUGAAGUCUGGAUAUGUGGGAAUAACAACUGCAUGAAGCUCCUCGACCUUCAGGGUAAACUACUGACAUCAAUACGAACCAAGUCAGGGUACUGGCCAUGGGACAUAACAGUGACACGGGACGGAGAUGUUCUUUAUACUGACCCUUAUAAUAAAACUGUAAACUUAGUGAAAAAUAAACAGAUACAGAGCGUGAUCACGCUACAGGGAUGGAGACCUCGGAAUGUCUGCAUUACCUCCUCCGAUGAUCUCCUUGUUACCAUGGACAGCGAUGAUGGAAAACAAUCCAAAGUUAUUCGUUACUCUGGCUCCACAGAGACACAAACCAUUCAGUUUGAUGAUAAGGGUCGUCCUCUCUAUUCACCUGAGCGCUAUAGUAGCAAUAAAUACAUAAGUGAGAACAGGAACCUGGAUAUCUGUGUGUCUGACUGGAAAGCUGGAGCAGUAGUGGUGGUCAAUCAGUCUGGAAAACUUCGAUUUAGAUACAAUGGUCAUCCGUCUAAUAUCAAUGAAUUAUUUUGUCCAGUCGGCAUCACUACAGACAGCCAGAGUCACAUCCUGACAUCAGAAAUUAAAAAUUACCGUAUCCACAUCCUAAAUCAGGACGGACAGUUCCUCCGUUACAUUCACUGUGAUCUAUACACUCCAUGGGGUUUAUGUGUGGACAUCAAAGACAACCUCUUUGUGGCGGGGUGUACCAGUCAAAAAGUGAUUAAAAUCCAAUAUAUACAAUCACAGUGUUAAUUACACAUCCCAACACUGUUGAUUAUAUCUACCAACACCGUGUUAAUUACAGCUCUGUGUCGGUGUAUUACAACUAUUAAAGUGUUAAUUACAUCUGCAAAACUGUCAAUUACAUAUCUAAACACAAUGUUAAUUACAGUUGUAUGUUAAUUAAUGCAGUGUUUGUGUGCAUAACCAACCUGUGUAUUGACACAGUUUAUUUGUGGUUGUUUAUUUGUGUCUCAUUGAACAUAAUUUCGUUUUUAUUGUCUGUUUCAUUUUCAUUGUAUAGUACUAUACACAUGUAUUAUAGAUAUAUAUUCUUUUAGCUAAUUAAAAAGAAACUACAGCUCA